GUCAGUGACCUGAGACAACCUUGUCUCGAAGAGUUACCCUCCAAAAUAAUGCGUUUUAAUUUGACACAUUUUCCUUAUUUAAUCACUGACUCUUCGCUACAAUGAAAGUGGUAUUUAUAACAAAACAAGGCUGGUGGAUUAUACUUGCCGCUUGUGUAUUUGUGCUAGGAAACUGCGUGCUUCUCUAUCGCUUCAUCAACAAGACUUCGAUUGCUGAGCUAGAGAAAGCUGCCAGAUUGAAGGAAAUAUCGGAUAGCUAUCUUGAAAAUUUAAAGGAGUCGGACUCCAAAUUAAAAGAUUUAGCUGAAGCUGUUCAGAGAUUGCAGAGUAAACCCGUGAAAUCCGAUAAUGUUGGACUUGAGAUACGUGAACAAAACAACAAUGAGGUUCAUGCAGGCUUCCAAGUGGAAACACCAGCUGAAGUUCAGUUGAAAUCAGAGCCACAGAAAACUGCAACAUUGUUGAAGUCAAAGUUACUUUUGCCAGUUACAACAGCAGCUGAGGAAUUUGUGGCUGCAGUGCUAGUUAUGGCGUGCAACAGACCAACAGUGAAGCGUUGUCUAGAUCUUUUAAUAAAGUAUCGCCCUUCUGUUAAAGAAUUCCCCAUUGUUGUAAGCCAAGAUUGUGGGGAUGCUGCGACAGCAAAUGUCAUUAGAUCAUACGGAAAUCAGGUCUCAUUCAUUCAACAACCAGACCUGUCAGAUGUAAGAGAUGUCCGGGCCAACAUGCGUGGAAUGAUGGGUUACUUUAAAAUAAGCCGUCAUUAUAAGUGGGCUUUGGGACAAGUAUUUGAUAACAUGGGCUAUGACACAGUCUUGAUUGUUGAAGACGACCUUGAUAUUGGUAAGUUUUUACAGUCCUCUAUAAGAGCAGGAGAGAGGUCUGUGCCACUCUCUCUUCCAGUCAAAUUAAAAACUCAUAUAUAAUCAUAACUCUGUAAUUUAGUAUCAUCAACUGAGUUGAUAACUUAAAUUGGCCAUCAUAAAUAGUUUCAAAGCUGAUGAUUCAAGUGUUAGCCCUUCAUCAUGUGCUCUGACAAAGGGCUAGAUCUCAAAAUGUCAGCUUUGAGUUUCUUUAAGGUGGCCAAUUUAUGUUACCAUUACCCUGUUACACUCUCCCACCAACGCAGCACCACCGUUUCUCUAUAGACUUACACCCUUUAAUCAUAACUUGGCCACUUUCAUUACUCAUUUAUCUAGGGAGUCAGGGUAAGGCUUGAGCUGAGUGGCCCAGUCAGCCAGAGCUUGUCCCAGUUUCCCAGUUUCUUUAACAUGAAGCAACAUGGAGUAUCACUUUAGUAUUCCCCCCCCCCCAACCCUUUCCAUAAUUUGGUGCUAGUCCAUUGCAAGGUUACCCCUAUUGCAUUUCAUCUCAUUUCAUGAGGCUUUCCUGACAAUUCUCUGGUAUCUGUUUACACUCCUGGGUCGAGAGAAGCACUGUGACAGUUAAGUGUUUUGCCUAAGAACACAACACAAUUAGCUGGCCAGACCUCAAACCCAGACAUUUUGACUCAGGGCCCAGUGCACUAACCAUUUGGCCACUGCCUCUCUCUGCUCUGGGUAUUUAACAUGGUACUGCAACCUUUUCUGCAUUUUGUUGAAUUGAUAAAAAAAAUUUGAAAGAACUCAGUUGGCACUCGUGCCCUGGCGCAGGCAAUUAUGGAGUUUAUUUUAUUUUUAUUGUUCAAUUUGAGGCUUGCACUCACUGGUGAAUUCAAAUGAUUCAACUGUCAAUGACAUAAUAUGUUUUGUUAUGUAUAAAAAAAAAGUGGACUUGGAAUUUUUGGGGCAAGCUGGACUUGUAUUAUGCCUUAGGCAUAUAAAGGGGUUUUCUAGUUGAUUUUAUGAAUUUUGAGGGCUGUCAGGAAAACCAUUAGAGCACACGGUGUUAUUUAAGUUUUCAUUGGCUCCUUGUUAUAUUUCCUUUGUUCUCAUUGGCUGUUUUUGCAGGUUUGGUUUUUGUUUACAUCAAACCAUCAAACUGCAUUCUGUUAAGUGCACAGUUAGGUGCUAAUUUGUUAUUUCAUUUAUUUCCACCCUUACAGCACCAGACUUUUAUGAAUACUUCAAAGCAACAAAACCCUUGCUGGACAAGGAUCCAAGCUUAUGGUGUGUCUCGGCUUGGAAUGAUAAUGGAAAAGAAGGAAUGGUUAAAAGAAAUGAUGUUCUUUACAGAACAGACUUUUUCCCUGGACUUGGCUGGAUGAUGAGAAAAUCUCUUUGGAUAGAACUAGAGCCAAAAUGGCCUCUUGGAUUUUGGGAUGAUUGGAUGAGGGAAGCCUCGCAACGUAAAGACAGAUCAUGUAUUCGACCAGAAAUUCCACGGACAAGGACAUUUGGCCGAGUAGGUGUUAGUCGUGGACAAUUUUAUGAUCAGCAUUUGAAAUUUAUCAAGCUAAAUGACCAAAAGCACCCAUUUUCAAAAACAGACCUUUCCUAUUUACUGAAAGACAACUAUGAUCAAAGGUUUGUAGUACGUGUACAUUCACUGCCUCUCGUAACUGCUGAUCAAUUGGUAGAAAAAAAGGUUUUUGCCACAGAUGUACAAGUUCACUACUCUUCGCCAAGGAACUUUGAACAAGUUGCUAAACAACUUGGUGCAAUGACAGACUUUAAGGCAGGAAUACCCAGAAUGGCAUACAAAGGCAUAGUUUCAAUUGUGUUCUCAGGAAUUAAUGUGCACAUUGUUCCAUCAGAGUAA